CGCGCAGCGCGUCCUGCGGCCCCGCGGCGCCGCCGCCCGCAUCGCGCACCGCGGCGGAGCGCACGACGCGCCCGAGAACACGCUGGGGGCCAUCCGACAGAAAAGAACAUAAGGACUCCAGGGUUAUUACAUCAGAAGGAGAGAGCAGGAUUCUUUUCUUCAUUUUUCUCCUGAAACAGUUUCAAUCCCAAGACUGAGGCAGAAUCAUUAUGGUUUCAGCUGUAAAAUAGAUUUGAUGGUUCAGUUGAUUUUUAAAUACUCAGCAAUGACUUGGAUAAAACCUGCUUUUUUUCUGCAGAUGAAGACUACUGAAAAGUACAUUAAUGUUUUAUAUUUUUUACCAAAAUAGAAGCUAAUUAUAGCUGUACCUGUGUCAAAUCUAUAAAGCUGUCUUUUCUGUUGUGUAUGUGAUUUUUAAAAUUUUUUUUAAGGCAGCUGAGAAUGGAGCAACGGGUGUGGAGCUGGACCUUGAAUUCAGUGCAGAUGGUGUCCCCAUUCUCAUGCACGAUGACACAGUUGAAAGGACAACUGAUGGGGCUGGGAGACUGCAGGACCUGACUUUUGAGGAAAUCAGGAAGCUGAAUCCAGCUGCAAAACAUAGGCUACGGAGCCAAUUCCAGGAUGAAAAGGUGCCAACUCUGAGAGAAGCUGUCGUGGAGUCCAUGCAUCACAAUCUGACAAUCUACUUUGAUGUGAAAGGCCAUGCAAACCAGGCAGUUGAUGCACUGAAACAACUCUACCAGGAAUUUCCACAGUUGUAUAACAGCAGCAUUGUCUGUUCUUUCAUGCCAGAUGUUGUUUAUAAGAUGAGACAAGCUGACAGAAAUGUUGUGACAGCACUGACCCACAGGCCCUGGCAGCUGAGUCACCUGGGAGAUGGGACACCCCGAUUCAGUUCCUCCUGGAAGCAUUUCUUGUACAUGGUGAUGGAUGUCAUUCUGGACUGGAGCCUGCACAGUUUCUUGUGGAGAUUGUGCGGGGUUUCAGCUUUCCUCAUACAGAAGAAUUUUGUUUCUCAGGACUAUGUGAGGCACUGGUCUUCUAGAGGAAUUCGAGUGGUGGCCUGGACAGUGAACACAUUUGCAGAGAAAAGCUACUACGAGAGUGUCCUUGACUGCAGCUACAUCACUGACAGCUUGCUGGAGGACUGUGACCCCCACUACUGAGCCAGCCAGGCACAGUGCCCUCCUGGCAGGGCUGAUGGACUGCUGAGGAGAGCCCUGGGAAAGGCAGAGCAGCACCUGGCUUCUGCCUCUGGUCACAUCUCAAAUGCAGGAACCUUCUGGUGCAGCCAGAGAGUCAGAGGAAAUCACUGUCAUGUGAAAGAAUCAGAUAAUUUUGGUUCUAAAAUGGUGUCAGCAAUUUUGGUGUCAAAAUUUCAAAUCAUAACUUGAUGUUAGUAAUUUGAACUAGCAUGUCCUACAAGUGUAUACUAAUUUGAGGUUGAUUCAUAGCACCUUAAAAUCAUUGACAUUAUUGUUCUUAAAACAAAAACUGGAAAUAAUGGUACAAUGGUGCCAAAAUAGAAGAUGAGUCUAUUUCCCUGCCCUGCGUGGAAAGAUGGCUGUGCUAAAUACUGAUGAGGAAGAAAAGCCAACUUUCCAUGUGUGAUGUGAUGUGAAGGUUAUGAGAAUUAACAAAUAAAACUUGAUUAGCUUCUUAUCUUCCAGGCCUUUUAAGAGAACCAGUGGAGGAUAGGAAAUUGUUUCUUCUAAUGAAGAAAAAAAACACAGCACACGAAUGUAUUUCUUUUUAAGGUAAAGCUAUAUAUAGCGUGCUGGUAAGUAGUAGAACAAAUGGAGCUGAAAUGUCUUUUUAGUUUGCUUUUGGCUGCAUGAUUGAAGGGCACUCAGAGGGAUAUGGAAACUGUAAUCCAGAUUAAACUUGAACUCCAAAGAGUCUGCAGUUAAAAUAAAAAGUCUGUGAGAAUUCAUGGGGAAGUAUUCUUUAUCAGCUGUGCAGAAGGGUAUUUAUAUAAAAUGUCAAAAUUAGUGCAGGUUGUCCCAGUUAUGGUAGAUCCAAACUUCUGGAAUUACCAGAUUCAUGCUGUGACCUGCUGGGGGGAUUGAUUUUUUGUUUGUUUCCUGAGCUCCAUCCAGACACAAAGAAGAACAAAGGAAGUGCUUUUCCCUGUCACUCACUCACCCCCCUGCACUGCAGAAGCAGCAAUCUCAGCCUCCUGCUGCACAUCCUAUAGAAUGUGUAGGUUUAUGUCCAGAUCCUGUCCUGCCCCUU